GCCUGCCCACGCUCUUGAGUCUCUCUGCACUCACUUCUAUUGGCGUGGCAUCGGAGAUUCAUAGUUUGUUUCACAUCUUCACCAUGGAUGUUUAGGACCAAUUAAACUGGAGAGACACCAAGUAGUUAAAUCUGUUUGGGCAACGCGUAUGAAGUCAGCAGUGGGUGCGGGUGUGGGUAUCUGGAUAUCUGGGUAUCUGGGUCGGAAUCUGGGUCGGUAUCUAUCUGGGUAGGUGUGCACUGGUCUGCAGCGUGAAAUCCCCAGGCAAUCAAUUGGCCCAUUUGCCAUUUGCCCUUUGCCUGGACUGGAUGGAUGGACAACAAGCCAUGGAGCGAUGAAGCGGGUUCCAGGUUGUUUUUUCCAUGCACCGAAUGGUCAAUGAAUGAUUGUAGCUUCGAUUUGGGUUUUUUUUCUUUCUUCUCUCUCCAAGCCUCUCUCACACACACGCUCUCUCGCUCUCUGCGUCUCGGUGACUUGUUUUUUAUUUGAAUUUUAUCUUUCUCUCGCCCCAAUCUUUCUUCUCGACCGUCUCCUCCAACGCCCAUACUUUUCUCUCGUCCCAUUCGAUCAGUGCAUCUUCUUCCUUCACCACUUUUUCUCUCUCUUUCUCGUUGUAACAUUAUGAUUUUCAUUGUCUGACAUCAUUCUUCUCCGCUUCUCACCUGUGCUAUACCGUUCCUUUUGUUUUUUGUUUUUUCUUUCUUCGCACCCUCGACCGAGUUCUCUUUGACCGAGUUCUCUUUGACCGAGUUCUCUUUGCGACCGAACCGCCGCGGCCAUUCCUUUGUUCUCGAAUCGCGACUUCCGUCCAAACACGCAGACAUACACACAUAUAUACAUAGAUCGGUACCUACGCUACCUAGCUACCGUCAGCUUGCAGGCCCCUUCAAUCAGGAGGCGCAAACAAUACGUUCGGCGCAUCAGAGAUCAGAGAGGACGAUUGACAUUAACAGUGACCUUGAACUUGUGUGCUGGAUUCUACACACAAGACAUCCCAUUCGAUAUUGCUGCCGAAAGACUGAGGACCAAUUCAAAACAAAGUAUCUUCACCUCACCAGGCGCAACGGAAGAAGAAACUUCCACGCUCGAGGACAAAACAAACAAAUAAAGCCAUCCCUUUCAUCUCAACCCUCGAGCGAUUUCAUUCCUGCAGGUCCUCAACUUCCCAUUCAGGUACCACAGACAGACGAGAUACCAGCCCUAUUGAGAUACCCCACGGAAUCAACAAACACAAUCAGUCUGUUCCUUUCUUCUGUUCUUGAUCCGAUCAAUUAACUCGUACCCCCUCCAUUUAUCUAUCCGUCUGUCCAUUCAUCCAUCCUAUUCACGAGUACUUCUUGUGGAGUGUGAAAGCGCUCGAAAAAUUAUACGAGAUUCCACGGGUAUUUCUGUGCUCGCUCACUCACUCAUCCACUCACCCGCCCGCGCACCCACUCACGCACCCACUCGGCUUCCCUCGAUCAACAGAAGAAGAUAUACGUUGCGACGCAUAUUUACAUUUAUAUUCACGUAUAUCUUUACACAUACCUAUAUACACAUAUCUCUGCCGUUUACAUCGUCUCCAAAGUUACACGCACACACUUACAUCCUUUACAACGCCCAUCGCAUCUCGUCUCAUCUCGUCAAAUCACAUCAAGCCAAUCUCCAAUUGACCCUCCACUCAUCCGCGACGGCUUUCUUGCAGACGGGAAGGCUUGGCUGGGGUACACCCGCCUUUAUCAUACAGUGCCAUCCUCUCUUACAAUAGUUGCAGGCAAUAGAGAGAGAAAACUCGCACGCAUCCUCACACAUACAUACAUAUACACACACAUACAUCCUCACACACACACACACAUAUUUUCAAACCUACCUACCUUUCCCAUACCUAGUAUCAUUCUAGUGCUCAACAACCCUGCCCGCUACCACCACCAUACCACCACCAACAUUGUCGAGACAUCCUCGUCUCUCGAAACUCGCAAUCCUUCAAUCUUGUUUCCCCCCCCCCCCAAAAAAGGUUCAAUUUGGAAAGUUUGACAUUUUUCCAACAAUCACAUUAUAUCCUGUUAUAAUCGGUCUCGUAAUUUGACCCGGUCAUACAUUGAAACCUACCUGUCCUAUUAUUCAUUCAGGUACACGCACACACACGCACAUACAUACAUACAGCCUCGAAUAAUAAUAACUGCGGCGUCUCGCGUGCAAUACCCAGGUAAGGCAAAGAUUAGGUGACCCCUCGAGGCAAUUCUUACUUUGUUCUCAAACUCAUCUCUUACGACCAUUCGUUGUAUGCGUGCCAAUCACUUUGUCUAAACCAUCACUUCUUGCGCCCUUUCAUAUUCAAUCGCAAAAUAAAAUACCAAGGCGCAUUUGUCGUUGGUUAUUGCUGUCGACCCUCCACUGGAAGUUUGUCAUUCAAUUGGGAAACUGUUUCAAGGGCUUCACAACUUCAAGUCUUUCACGGCGAUUACACCUUCCUCGCCACCUUCGCCCGACUUGAGUGGAUUGUCUAAAACAUAUUGGGGUAUACAACUAGUCCGGAGUACACGCGAAUCAUUGGCGCAGGCUCCAGUAGUCAAACGUCGCAAUCUCUCUGAAAAACGGAAGAUGCCAUCAGCAGCUGGUCCCCGAAUGUACGAGAAUCACAUACCUUCAUUCAUGUCAGUGUAUGGUAUGGAUUCGAACAUGAUGGAUGGCCCAUCGUUAGACGGCACUCGCACCAAACUAUCGGCUAGUCCGUAUAACAAUCAACAAUUACAUCGAAACUCAGAAGUCAAGACCGAUAGCAACUUACUUCAAAUACAUUCCCACCAACAUCGGGAAAGUACCUCAACACAAGCAUCCGACUCGACAGAUUCUUCACCCACCACAACCGUAUCUACAGUAGAUUCAUCUUCACUAUCAGAUCCAUCACCAAGUUCUUCACCCGAAUCGCCAAUCACACUCGUCCCAUUAUCUUCAUUCACCGGAUCCUCGUUUGGUCUAGAUUCUUUUCAAAAUUUAAAGAUGGGCGAAGUAGAUGCAAGGCCGCCGCCAAUAACCAUCGAACGGCCUAUGACUUCACCUUCGCCAAGGAAGAAGAAUCCCAAAAGUCUGGCUCUCAAUCUUCGACCAAGCAUUGAUGAAUUCACCUCGGAACCGGGUUCCCCUUCGUUUAUCAAACCGCCACCACUGAAGGCUAGGAAAAAGCCAAGUAUAUUAAGUUUAAAUACUGGAACCGCCAACCUGACUUUAGAACCUAUGGGACAAGGAACUUCGUCAAUGUUGCAACGAAGAGGUCUGAAACAUUCUGUCUCGUCGCCGCAAAUGCUUUCAAUGACAACACCAGGCUUUGGUCCUAGUGGUGGAAUGACAUUGGGUGACCCUUCUAGAGGAUUUGGAGGUUCGAGAUUAAAAGAAUCCGGCGCUCCGAGAGAUACAUUCACCAUUAAUGAGGAUGAUGCACCAUCACCCACAGGAGUGCAGAUGGCAACUCGAGCACCAGGGAUGUCUAUUGGCGGUGAUUCAUUUGACAGGCCACCUACUGGCGAGGAUUGCAAGUCUCCAUCAUAUCCUGACGGUCCAAUCCUCAUGCAUGAACCAACCGUUCAUCUAUACUCGGAGCCUAAAAUGGAAGAGGCUGCAGAAUUCGAUGUUGUAAUCAAUGUCGCGAGGGAAGUUAAAAAUCCAUUCGAGGCAAAAUUGGAGGAAAUGGAGAAGGAGAGAGAGGAGAAGCAGAAAAGAGUUAGCUAUACAACCGCCGCGUCUAGACACAACUCUGUGGAUCCAUAUGCCGAGAUACCCGGUACAGCUGGAACCAUUUCCUCUUUCCAAACUGCUUACGAGACUCAACCGGCUGGUUCCGAAUCGAGUUCUGCGGAGUCAUCCCCAUCCACACCACGACCUAACACCUCGGAAAUGAAGAUUCCCGAGUACAUCCAUAUCCCUUGGGACCACAACACAGAUGUGCAAGAUGAAUUGUGGGAUUUGUGCCAAACUAUAGAAUCCAGAACGAAAGAGGGCAAAAGGGUUCUGGUGCAUUGUCAACAAGGUGCUAGCCGAUCGGCAACCUUAAUCAUUGCAUAUGGGAUGUACAUCAACCAAGAUUUAUCAGCAAACGAAGCGUACAACUUGGCACAAUCGAAGUCACGUUGGGUCAAUCCUAACAUGUCUCUUCUCUUCUCAUUGAACGACUUCAAAAAGGUUAUCGAGAGAAAGAAGUUGGAGAAACAGACAGCUCAAAAUAAAGACACAGUCGUCAGGAAUAAAAGUCUGACCCGACACAGACAAUCGCUUUCUGCCAAUGAUCUUGACACCGCAUCUUCCCCAGGUCGUAACAGAGCAAACUCGUCUCAUGUUUCGCCACCUAGAGAUCCGGUCGUCAGAGAGCCUUUGAUCAUGAAGAUAGCCGAGAUUAAGGAACCCGAGAUGAAAGAAGACACAAAUUCUGUUUGCAAUUCGGCAAUUGAUCGUUUAAGCCGUUUUGACUUUGGAUUUGGUGACAUUCCACGCAUCGAACCUUUCACCAAAUUCGAAGAUGGCCCCAGAGUCGAUCGACUACCAUCACAGGAAGACAAAUGGCAGCUUGACACGAUGUCUCCUCGACCACAGGAUGAUGAUGCGCAACCUGAUAUAAUGUCACCGCGUAUAACUGAGAUGACUCGUAAUCCUCUCGAGCAUGCUUUCUCACGUGGUAUUCCACAAGAAUCUUCCUCUAGUGGAACACCUAGCCUCUUCUCUCCACGUGGAUUCGAUUUUCAGCGAACAGCAUUCUUCCCCCCAACUGUCGCAAUUCAUCCAAGUCUCCCACCCGCACAUGAUCCUAGGAGUCCACCUAUAACAGGAGAAGCUACUAUUACCCGAUCUAUCGACGAUUUUCUUUGAGCAUUUGCAGAGCACAUAGAAUCCAUCCUACUAAAGAAUACCACCAUAAUGUCUUUGACCGAUGUUUUAUCUAUACCAAAUUUCGCAAGCAUUAUAACCACACAUUUAGUUGUAUGCCAAAUUUUGGACUAUCAUUCGGCGUUUUUUUUUUUUGUUUUUUUUUUGUUUUUUUUUGUUUUUUUAUUUCUCAUUUCUCAAAUUUAUAAGCAAUACGCCGGAUUUUUUUAUGAUGGACGAAGAUGGAAGGGCGUUUGCAUAAGUUUGUGGCGUUGGAUACGUAGGCAGGUCAUCGUCACCGCCUCGCUGUAAGAUUUAAUGAAUUGUCCCUUUGUUCUCAAAGGGAGUGGGGGAAUGGUAUGGAAGAGCUGGAGUGGAGGGAUAUGGUACUCACUUGACUGAGACUUGGAACAAUGAAGGAAACAUGACGAGGCGAAUAGACCAAGAGGGGAAAACUCCUUUUGUAUCAAUUGCCUGACGCUGUGGAGUGGAUGGCUACGAAUAAAAUUAUAUACCCAAGAGAGAUAUUUACUGGCUAUAUAUCCUUUACUUUUACUGUGUGUGAUUACAUUGUGCAUUGCUGUCUAUUCUAUUCUUGAUUCUUUCGUAUAUAAGCACUAUCAGUCGGAAGCUUGUAUAAUAACCCCUCUUUCAUGUAUAUAAAGCUGGAAUGUAGCGAUGACUUGGCUGUAAGUCUACUUUGUAAGAUAAAUAAGAAAACCUGGUUGGAAAUGGAAAUGUUCA